AUGUCCGAGACGACCAUCAAUACGCCUGCUCCCGUCGCCGAAACCACCGAGCCCGACACGCUCAACGCCGAGGACGGCAACAUCACCGCCAACUCCGUCGUCGCCGUCCCCGAGGCCGCCGCCGCCGGCGUGCCUUCCCCGCCUUCCCCGCCUGGCACGGCGGAGCUCGUGGUCGCCCCGGCCGUAGAGGACGUGACGGAGCUCUUGGCCCCGACCACUCCGCCCACCACUACUCCGCAGGCAGUGGUGACGGCGCCACCCGCGACCACCAACACCCCGAGCGCCACCACGGCCGACGCCGAACCGGCCCAGUCCGCGCAGCCAACGCCCCACCCCAACCCAAAGGUCGCAGCCCUCCAAGCCGAACUGGCCCGCCUCAAGUCCGAGCUGGGCGAUGCCGACGCCGACGCCAUCGUCCAGCACCACAUCCGCCUCCUGCACACGUACAACGAGAUCAAGGACGGCGCGCAGGCGCUCAUUGGGCGGUACGCGCUGCUUACCAACUCUACUGUUACGGGCGUGCAUCGCGACCUGGGGCUGUCGCUGCAUGAGUAG